UCAGCGAACUUGCAGCUAAUUAGCAGCUAAGAGAAAAUAAGCAAUGGCAAGGAUGGAACUUGCACCACUUAGACCCUGGGACGAUUUCUUCCCAGGGGCUGAUCGAUUUGCUAAACCUGAUUUUAGAGAUUUAACGAAAUGGAACAAUAGGGUGAUCAGCAAUUUACUGUACUAUCAGACAAAUUAUUUUGCCGUAGCCAUCGUGGUUUUCUUGAUUGUUGGAUUCCUUAACCCUCUUGGUAUGUUCCUGGGAGGAGCAGUGGUCUCUCUGGUCUUCAUGGGUUCUGUGUGGGCAGGGGAGAACAAGACCAUCAUCAAGAACUUUAAGAAGAAAAACCCCACCCUGUUUGUCCUUGCGGUUAUGGGUACCAGCUACUUCCUGUUGUCGCUGUGUGGUGGCGUGAUGGUCUUCAUUUUUGGAAUCACUUUCCCUUUGCUAUUGAGUCUUGUCCAUGCCUCUCUCAGACUGCGCAACAUGAAGAACAGGAUGGAGAACAAAAUUGAGGGGGUGGGCAUAAAGAAGUCUCCCAUGGGUGUCAUCAUGGACCUCCUGGACCAGCAGGAGGAGAAGAUGAACAAGAUCCAGGACUUCAUUGAGAGCAAGCUUAAGGAAUGAGAGGAGGAAGGCUUGUCAAACUGGCAUCCUCUUUCAAUACUGUUCUAUUUAUUUUAGCACAAUCCUAAAAUAUUUUUGACCCCAAAUAAGGUUUUGCAAUCCUCCUAUUAAUCGGUCUUGCUUUUGGUUUUUGUUACACAUCUGUUACAUGCUUUAUAUUACACUGUUAUAUAUUUUGGGUUUGGUUACUUCAUUUUGGGGGAGGUGUGCACUCAUAUAUAGAUUAUGUUUCUGAAAGACACUGGGCAUGAUUCAGUGAGUCAUGAGCAUCCUUGUCUGUUUGUCCUGUCCAAAAUGUUGUUUAAUUUAUUUCAGUGCACGUGUGGUGUUGUCUAUAUUGACUGCAUAUUCUAAUUCUGAAUGUGAGUACAUAGUUCUGUGUCUGAAGGCUGUGUCUAAGGUUCAGUUUCAAACUUAUAGAGCUAACAAUACAUUGUUGCUAUUGGCUGAACAAAUCAGAACCAAACAUUUUGCUACUCUCAAAGGUGUAGUCGUGUCCCUCAACUGUAUUUUUUUCUCCCAAUCUUGCCGACACCAGGGGUUUGAACCUGGCUUUCAACGAUCACCUCUUUAAACACUGCUUAACCAGCUGCCCUACCAAAAAGCUAGCCCUUUGAUGGUGCUGGUGGGUGGUAUUUAUACUGAGGAGUGAGUUCCUACAAUUCAACACGGUUACACUACCUCAGCACAAACAUCUCUUUAUCUCCUUUACCUAUUGAACUACAGUCUCUGGACAAGAUUGCCCUUAUGCUGAUGGAACCCAUUAAUAAGUGACUGCUCAUUGACGAGUAGCAAUAAUGCCCUUGUUAUUUCAGACCCUGUGGGUUUGAGAGAAAUAUCUUCUGACCAUGGCUAUGCAGUAUGAAAAAGAUAAUUGCUAUCACAGCUUUAUUCUUGAAAUAUAAUUUUAUUUCAGAUGUAUGGCUGAAUUUCAUUAUUAUGCAUGUCAAUUAUUAACCUAUUGGUUGCAAAAAGCACUUUGUUAAAAUAAUGUAUUUAGUGCAUUUAAACACAUUGUAAUCUGUAGUAUAUCUAGCUGAGAUUUUUCUGACUGGAAAGAAAUGUCAGGAUGUCCAUUUGAGAUCCAUUUUCCUUUUACAAUGGAAAUGGAUGCAAGUGUCUGUUAAUCAGAAUGCAAAGCUUCUGUUGCCAUUCCAAGCAGAAUCAUGCUUUCUGUGGACAUUGUGGAGUCCUCCAACUAUACAGAACCAAUUUGCGCAUGUUAACGUGAUAAUUGGAUUACUGGGAAUGUUAAAAAGAAUGCCAUAAUAAAACUACUUUUUGUA